AUGGAGGAUACCUUUUUCAAGAAGAUCACUGGCGAAUAUGUCGAACGAAAGGCCUACACGAUGAAGGUGUCAGAGAGAGGUGAGGCACCAAUAACAGGAGCAUUCUUCUUGACAAACUUUAGAAUUGCAUUUGGACCGAGCGAUAAGAGCAAGAGGAAGAAGGAGUUUAUCGAUAUGCCUAUAUCGUCCAUUGCAAAGUUUGAACGAUCCUCUCCCAACAAGAAGGACAGACUCAUAGAGAUACACUCCAAGGAGAUCAGAUCGUACAAAUUCCUCUUUAGUUCUGACGAGUUGGUCGAGGAGCUGGAGCGCAAGUUCCUCCGGUUACAUCCCCUCGUCAACGAGAAGGUCUUUGCCUUCUACAACUUUGAGAAGUACCCCAACACCAAAGGUGCAAGGAUAUAUGAUGCUGUACAAGAAUUCCAAAGACAAGGUAUAUCUAGCACACCAACAAAGAAUUGUCAAUGGUUUGUAACGAAUGCCAACUCGGAUUAUGGACUGUGCGAGACGUAUCCUAGGAUACUGGCAGUGCCCAGCGGUAGCCAGGAGCUGCUGAGCAAGGUGGCUUGCUACAGGACAAACAAGAGACUGCCUGUGUUGUGUUGGCGACAUCCAAAGAAGAGCACGAUCAUUGCACGUUCAUCACAGCCCAAGGUCGGCGUGUCAAAGAACAACUGUCCAGAGGACGAGAAGUUGAUCAGUUUGAUCGUCUCGGCAUCGGGCGACUCAUGGGUGACGGUGGUGGACGCGCGGCCCAUGGUCAAUGCGCUGGCCAACCGAGCCAAGGGCGCAGGCUAUGAGAACGUCGAUCGUUACGAGAACACAGUGCUCGAGUUUGCAGGCAUUGGCAACAUUCACGCGAUGAGAGACAGCUUCAAGAAGCUGCGCGAUAGCAUCCUUGGCGACUCAGUGUCUGACAACAUGCGCUACCUGUCCAAUCUGGAGAACUCGCAUUGGCUCGAGCAUCUGAGCCUUCUCAUCGAGACGUCGGUGCGCAUCGCCGAGAAGGUCGACUCGGGCACCAGCUCCGUGCUGAUACACUGCAGCGACGGAUGGGACAGGACUAGCCAACUCAGCGCGCUCAGCAUGCUGCUGUUGGACGGCUACUACCGCACGUUAGAGGGCUUCAUUGUGCUCAUCGAGAAGGAGUGGCUGUCGUUUGGACACAUGUUCUGGAGGAGGACACAUGGCAAGGGUGCCGACGAUCGCUCGCCAAUCUUUCUGCAGUUCAUCGACUGUGUGUGGCAGAUCUGCAAUCAGUAUCCCAAGAGCUUCGAGUUCAACGAGAGGCUACUGGUCGACAUCUUGGACGCAUUGUACAGCAGCCAGUUUGGCACUUUCCUCUACGACUCGGAGAAGGAGCGUCUGAGGGCCACGCAACUCCCCUCGCUCUGGUCACACGUGGAGGUCAAUCGAGCGAACUACAUCAACAUACUCUAUCAGAACGAUGACAGGUCAUUGGAGCCAGUCUCUGAGCUCAGACAUAUGCGUCUGUUUGAACCAUACUACUGUCGACUGUUCAGUCACACAACGCUCGAGCGAAGUGAAGCAUCCACCGAGCUGGCGCUGAGGAAGGAGACAACGAUCAAGUCGAUCAGUGACGAGCUGGCUCAGCUCAAGGCAGAGAAGGAGAUUGCCGAUCAACGCAAUGCAGACCUGUUGGUCGACUCUGUCAAGCUACACACUACGAUCGAGGACUUGAAGCGACAGAUACUAAUCAAGACGCAGAUAUGCGAGUCGAGGGAGAAGGAGAUGCUCAAUCUUCGCAAGGAGAAGGAUAGUCUGUUGGAGGUCAUCGAGGCCAAUCAUCUAUCAGUCACUGGCGGUGCAAUUGACCUGACGUCCAAUGGAGUUACAAAGACGACGACAACGACUACCACUGGCGACAGUAGCAGUAGCAGUAGCAACAGUAGCAGCAAUCAGCAGACAUCAAUCAUGGACUACAGCAUCAAGUCGCUGCAGAACCGUAUCACGACGUUAGAGUUCAACCAAUCACUACUACAGAGCGAGAAUGUAAUACUAAAGAGUGACCAUCAGUCUGCCAAUGGUCAGUUGGAGGACAUCAGACAGCAGCUCAAGCUCAAGGAGAGUAAGCUGGAGGAGCUGAGCAACGAGAACGAGAAGCAACAAGCCAAGCUGGAGGAGUGUGAGAGGACCAUCCAGGCCAACAUAUUGCAAAACUGCGAGCACGAAGCAAUCAUGAUGACGAUCAUAUCAGAGCGUGAUCAGUUCUGGCUACAACUGCAAGAGACAAAGAGUGGCAGCAGCAACAAUGUCAUCAGUGGCGGCAACAACUACACCAAUGGACAUUCCAAUGGCAAUGGCAACUCAGAGAAUGGCAAUGGCACUGACGUGUCAAUGAGCGAUUCAACAUCAUCUAUCAACAACAACAACAAUGGUCAACAUGAUUCAAUCAACAACAAGUCCACAAACUUGUUUGAUUUCUUUGUUAGUAGAUCACACGAAGAGAAGGAUAAGGACAAGAUCAAGUCACCAUCAUCAACAGCCAAGAAGGCAACUGUAAAUAGCAACAACAACAACAACACGGACAACGACAACAACAACACAGAGAGCAAACCAAUAUUCAGUAGACUGAGAGGAUUCUCUUUGACCGACACUCUCAACAGGAAGCCAAAGAAUCAAUCUUACUCGACGGCCAUCAGGAGCCUGGAGAUCAUCGACGACUACACCUCGGAAAAACGCACCGCACCAGACGAGUCGUCAUCCUCCCCGCCCCUAGGGCUCGUCUUCCAGCUCGGUAGCAAGAAGCUCACGGAACGACGUGAGCAGAUGAUGCUGGCGUCCGACCAGAGGGAGGUGUGCACUGGCUGCAACUUGGACAUACCUAGGAAUCGACCAUACUACAAGCGAAAGGACAAGGUGCACUGCGAGCAAUGCGAGAAGGACUUCACGGCGAUCAAGCACAGGAAUCAGCGAUGUACCACCUGUGACAAACCAUUCGAGAGCAAUCCAAAGAGGAUAGGCGACCAGCUCUAUUGCAAGCCUUGCGUCAAGAAGAUCAUCACGUCCAUUGACGACCUUGGAUUCUAA